AUGAAUCGUCUACUUUUAGUUUCUCAUCUCCUUAUCAUUCUAGCAGGCUCUGCCUGGAGCUCUGAUGAUGAAACCCGUCUGGUGAAAACCCUGUUCACUGGCUACAACAAGGUGGUGCGUCCUGUCGCUCACUUCAAGGACCCAGUGGUGGUUACAGUUGGUCUGCAGCUCAUUCAACUCAUCAGUGUGGAUGAGGUCAACCAGAUUGUCAACAGCAAUGUUCGACUGAAACAGCAAUGGAAGGAUGUGAACUUGCAAUGGAAUCCUGAGGAUUAUGGUGGAAUCAAAAAGAUAAGAGUGCCCUCCACUGACAUUUGGCGUCCUGACCUCGUGCUCUAUAACAAUGCUGACGGUGACUUUGCCAUCGUUCACGAGACCAAAGUGCUGCUGGAGCACACUGGCAUGAUCACGUGGAACCCCCCUGCCAUCUUCAAGAGUUACUGUGAGAUCAUCGUGCUGCACUUCCCCUUCGACCUGCAGAACUGCAGCAUGAAGCUUGGUACCUGGACCUAUGAUGGCAACCUGGUUGUCGUCAAUCCCGACAGCGACCGUCCUGACCUGAGUAACUUCAUGGAGAGUGGAGAGUGGGUGAUGAAGGAUUACCGCAGCUGGAAACACUGGGUGUACUAUGCCUGCUGCCCAGACACACCCUACCUGGACAUCACCUACCACUUCCUGAUGCUGCGGCUGCCCCUCUACUUCAUCGUCAACGUCAUCAUCCCCUGCAUGCUCUUCUCAUUCCUCACUGGCCUCGUCUUCUAUCUGCCCACUGACUCUGGUGAGAAGAUGACUCUGAGUAUCUCUGUCCUGCUGUCUCUGACUGUGUUUCUGCUGGUCAUCGUUGAGCUCAUCCCCUCCACCUCCAGUGCUGUGCCGCUCAUCGGGAAGUACAUGCUCUUCACAAUGGUCUUCGUCAUUGCCUCCAUUAUCAUCACUGUCAUCGUCAUCAACACCCACCACCGCUCCCCCAGCACUCACACCAUGUCCCCCUGGGUUCGCAAGAUUUUCAUUGACACAAUUCCCAACCUCAUGUUCUUCUCAACAAUGAAGCGUCCUGCAAAGGAGAGACAGGAUAAAAACAUCUAUGGUGCUGACUUUGACAUCUCAGACAUCUCAGGCAAGCCCACCCCUACUGCAGUCACCUACCAGUCCCCCAUGACCAAGAACCCAGAUGUACGCAGUGCUAUUGAGGGGGUUAAAUACAUUGCUGAGACCAUGAAAUCUGAUGAGGAGUCCAACAGUGCUGCUGAAGAGUGGAAGUUUGUGGCCAUGGUGCUGGAUCACAUUCUGCUGUGUGUGUUCAUGGCAGUGUGUAUCAUUGGCACCCUAGGAGUGUUCGCAGGCCGUCUCAUUGAGCUGAGCAUGACACCUUAGAGGUCUGUGGGGUGUCCUGAGUAGGUCCAGAUGUUUUUAUUGACCUUAUGACCUGACCAGGUAACACUCUGGGCCCUAGUGACUCUGGGCCCUAUGACCUUAAAGUCACAUAUUGCUGUAUGAGGACUGUGUUUUUGACCCUCAUACAUUCAUUAUUAUUGGGUGGUUUGCAAUUACUUCAGAUCGCUGGGUGCAUGCAUGUUUAUCCAUAUUUUCACUCGUGUAUUAUAGAACAGUUGAUCUACAUUGACCAUUCUAAUCAAGUUUUUGUAAUCAGAAUAUUUGUUGUCUUUACUCAAUUAUUUUUAUGUUAUAUAUUUUCAUUAAUCUUUAAUACAGUAUUUAAGUAAAAUUGAUAGGCCUACUUGACA